GAGACGCUUCAUGACUAGGUAUCCCAUGAGGGCCAUGACCAGGCUGACCGGCUGCCGGCCGCAGAGGUAUAGGCGAGCACAUCGCAUCAAGCGGUCUUCUGUUCACGGCAGAGGAUCGCGUCGAAAGUGGUCAUGCGAUUACUGCAUCCCCAUGGAGAGAGAUCAGUACAAGAUCAAUCGGACUUUCAUCCAGUUCUCCUCCCUGUCACUGUUGGUGCUGUCCCUGUCCAUCAUCGUCUACUUACUUAGUGCGCGAGGUCCACAACAAGCGAAGAAUGCUACUUCGUCAGUGACGGGUGAGCUAGUUCUCUGCAUCGACUCCUGCCACGGUGCCUACCGAGACACGGCGCUAGUGCGGCGAGGACCACCAGGUUCGACCGACGCGAAGGACGUGCUAGCCGCGAUGUACCGUCUUCCCCAGAUGCUCUCUUAUCCGCGAGAGUACCGGAAAUGGCCCGUGCAACCGUUCGACGGCCCCUUCGUCGCGCUGGUGUCCACGCGCCCUCAGAACGCAGCCCGGCGAGCGUUUAUCCGCAGGAGAUUGGCGGCGCCGUCCCUCUACCCGCCCGGAUCGUUCAGGCUCAUAUUCUUCGUGGUGGAGCCGAAGCCCGCAGUCUACAGUAGCUGGGCUCUCAGGAAGGCGCUGCUGAACGAAUCCGACAAGUACCAGGACAUGUCGAUCGAGGGCCGCGCUCUGUCUUCGAUGCGUGCCAUGAUGCUGGAGUGGGCGCCCGUGUUCGCCAACGCCCCGCGUCUAGUGCUAUGGGCGCGCGACGACGCGGAGUUCGAUUCUCGCACUCUUCUGGACAGGAUGGAACGCCUCGCCCAGACUCCAGGCGACGUCUUCGGCCGCGUAUCUACGUCCGCCAACCUUGACGUCGCAUUGAACAAGGGCGAAAAUAACAGAGACUCUCCGUGGGAUCGGCUUGAGCAGUGCGCCUACUUCCUCAAGAUGGCGGCCCUAGUGCGGCUGAGCAGCGUCUACGAGGACGUUCCUCGCGGAUCGAACGGGAGCGAGGAAUUCGAACUUGUGACGCCAUCUCUCGCCGCUCGUGCGAACCUGAGCCUUGUGGCCAUCGACGAUCCCUCUCACUGCGCACCUCCCGGAAGAAUUGUCCAGCAGACGUCGGGCCAGCCGAGCGGGCGCAAAUCGUCUGUUGGACGAUUCUUUGCGAGCCAUUUAUGAAUGAACGCAA